AAUAUUCUAGAAGUUUCCCUUUGGUCUGUCUGUACUGCAGCGUUUCAUAAAUAAGAUUCGUUUUCAGGGCGUAACAUCUAUUAUUUAUAAAUCGGCUAAACGAUGUGCAAGUUAACGACAGUGCAAAUUUUUUUUCUUCUUUAUAGUUCUUGCUUAGCUUUUAAAGAAAAUCUUUCCAAACCUCGCAUAGUAGGCGGAUUUUCUACCGAUAUUGUUAAUGUACCAUAUAUAGUAUCCUUGCAGUUAUACGGCAACCACCAUUGUGGAGGCUCAAUAGUAAAUAAUCAUACUAUUGUUACAGCGGCCCAUUGCCUUGCGGGAAUACCACGGCGCUUACUUAAAGUCAAAGUAGGUGGAACCACUAGUGAUCCUGCGGAUGGACAGCUUUUCUCGGCAGCUUCAAUUCAUUAUCAUGAAAAAUGGUCUGCCUCGACAAUGGAUUAUGACAUUGGAUUAAUACGAUUAGCCAAUGAUUUAACAUACUCAAGAAAAAUAAAAGCUAUUGGUAUGAAUCACAAACGCAUACAAGACGGCUCAUUUGCAACCAUUUCCGGAUGGGGCUUUACAACUGAUAACGGUGCCAGUUCAAAAGUUUUACGUUUUGCCCGAGUGCCAAUUGUUAAUCAGACAGUUUGUACAAAUUUACUUGGAAAUAGAGUUACGGAACGUAUGAUUUGCGCUGGAUAUCUGAGCAGUGGUGGCGUGGAUGCUUGUCAAAUGGACUCCGGCGGCCCUUUAGUAGUGCGAGAGAAAUUGAUUGGCAUUGUAUCAUGGGGAAUUGGAUGUGCUUUAACGAAUAGGCCAGGAGUUUAUGCACGAAUUGGAAUUUUGUUCCCUUGGUUUGAUAAUCUUAUGAAGAUUGAAAAAGAUUAGCAUCAAUUUAGAUUCUUUAAGCAAUAGUUAUUGAUUAUAAUCAGAGCGCAACCGCAAGAAAUUUAAAAUGUAAGUAGUCGAGAGUAUAGAUAAGAAUAACGAAACAAUUAUAUUUAAAAUGAA